AUGGUCAGCCUCAAGGUACAUUUAAGCUCAAGAGGGUCUGGUUAUCAGCAACCCGGAUACAUUCCAUCUGGUGGAAAUAUAAAUCAAAUUCAACCCCAAGGUGCAUUAGGCUCCGGAAGGUCUGGUUAUCAGCAACCUGGAUAUGCUUCUUCGGGUGGAACUUUAAAUCAAAUUCAACCUAUUUAUGGCCAGAAUCAAGGUACAUUAGGCAAAUAA